AUGUCUACCAGACUCUUCCGCCCUUUUCAACGCAUCGCGACAUCUUCACUUUCUACCACAUAUCGAACCUUCCACUCUACAUCGCCCAACAUGGUUGUUCACAACGUCCGCAACGCCGAGGAGUGGAAGGCGACCCUCAAGGACAACGACGUUGUCCUCCUUGAUUGCUUUGCCACCUGGUGCGGUCCUUGCAAGGCUAUUGCCCCCAUCCUGGCCCAGGAAUCCGAGAAGCCGGAGAAUCAGGGCAUUCACUUUGUCAAGAUCGAUGUCGACGAGGUCCCCGACGUGAGCCAAGAGCUCGGCAUCCGUGCCAUGCCUACCUUCAUGUUCUUUAAGAAGCAGGAGAAGGACCAGGAAAUCGUCGGCGCCAACCCCCCCGCCCUCAAGAAGGCCAUUGCAACUACCGCCGAAGGCCCAGAGGCUCAGGCCGUACUGGAGGCCAAGGUGAAGGCCAAGGCCGAUGCCCCCGCCGAAUCAACUGAGGAGGUCAAGCAGGAGGUCAAGCAGGAGUAG